AGCCCCGCGCAGGGAAUGGCAACAGCCUGCUGGGAGCAAUGUGGACUGCCAGCUGCCGAUCUCGCUGUUGACAGUAAAAGCAGAUAUGCUCCUUGCUCACUGCCAUUAGUACUGACCAUGACCCUUCACACCAAAACCUCUGGAGUUACCCUGCUGCACCAGAUUCAAGGCACUGAACUGGAGACACUGAGCAGACCUCAGCUGAAGAUUCCCCUGGAAAGAUCGCUCAGCGACAUGUAUGUGGAGACCAACAAGACAGGAGUUUUCAACUACCCAGAAGGAGCCGCCUAUGAUUUUGGUACUACGGCUCCUGUCUACAGUUCUACUACACUCAGCUAUGCUCCUACUUCUGAAUCUUUUGGGUCCAGCAGUCUGGCAGGAUUUCACUCACUGAACAGUGUCCCACCAAGCCCAGUGGUGUUCUUGCAAACGGCACCCCAGCUCUCGCCGUUCAUCCAUCAUCACAGCCAACAGGUACCCUAUUACCUUGAAAAUGAUCAGGGCAGCUUUGGGAUGAGGGAAGCUGCUCCUCCAGCCUUUUACAGACCGAGCUCAGAUAACAGGCGGCACAGCAUCCGGGAGAGGAUGUCCAGUACCAACGAGAAAGGGAGCCUGUCCAUGGAAUCCACCAAGGAAACGCGGUACUGCGCCGUCUGCAAUGACUACGCCUCAGGGUACCACUAUGGGGUCUGGUCCUGCGAGGGCUGCAAAGCCUUUUUCAAAAGGAGCAUUCAAGGGCACAAUGACUACAUGUGUCCUGCUACUAACCAGUGCACCAUUGACAAGAACAGAAGGAAGAGCUGCCAGGCCUGCCGACUGAGAAAAUGCUACGAAGUGGGAAUGAUGAAAGGUGGAAUCCGGAAAGACCGCAGAGGUGGGCGAGUGAUGAAACAAAAACGCCAAAGAGAGGAGCAGGAUUCCAGGAAUGGGGAGGCUUCUUCAACAGAGCUGCGAGCUCCCACCCUUUGGACAAGUCCACUGGUGGUUAAGCAUAACAAGAAGAACAGCCCAGCCCUGUCCCUGACGGCAGAACAGAUGGUCAGUGCCUUGCUGGAAGCUGAGCCACCCAUAGUUUAUUCUGAAUAUGACCCAAACAGACCAUUCAAUGAAGCGUCUAUGAUGACCCUGUUGACCAACCUUGCAGACAGAGAGUUAGUGCACAUGAUCAACUGGGCAAAGAGAGUUCCAGGAUUUGUGGAUUUAACACUCCAUGAUCAGGUCCAUCUACUGGAAUGUGCCUGGUUAGAGAUCCUGAUGAUCGGCUUAGUCUGGCGCUCCAUGGAACACCCAGGAAAGCUUUUGUUUGCACCUAACCUGUUACUGGACAGGAAUCAAGGGAAAUGUGUAGAGGGCAUGGUGGAAAUCUUUGACAUGCUGCUGGCUACUGCUGCUCGGUUCCGCAUGAUGAACCUUCAAGGGGAGGAAUUUGUGUGCCUUAAGUCCAUCAUCCUGCUCAAUUCUGGUGUGUACACUUUUCUUUCCAGCACCUUGAAAUCUCUGGAAGAGAAAGAUUAUAUUCACCGUGUCCUGGACAAAAUCACAGACACUCUUAUACACUUGAUGGCUAAGUCAGGUCUUUCUCUGCAGCAGCAGCACAGACGACUGGCUCAGCUCCUCCUCAUCCUCUCUCACAUCAGACACAUGAGCAACAAAGGAAUGGAGCACCUGUACAACAUGAAGUGUAAGAACGUAGUUCCCCUCUAUGAUCUCUUGCUGGAGAUGCUGGACGCUCACCGACUGCACGCCCCAGCAGCCAGGAGUGCUGCACCCAUGGAAGAGGAGAACCGAAGCCAGCUGACAACUGCAUCAGCUUCGUCUCAUUCCUUGCAGUCUUUUUAUGUAAACAGCAAAGAAGAAGAAUAUGCAGAAUACAGUAUAAGCAGAUGUCAGCAUAUACAGUGGUAUGAAAAACCCAGCAGUGUUCUACCUAGCUCAUGCUUCAUUUCAUCUAUAGUGCCACCUUUGAAAACACUCCAGUGACAACAGACACCAGCAUUUUCCAUAUGAGUGCUUGUCAAGCGCUUGCCUAAAUUGAUUGCUUAUCCUAAAUGGAAGACAUUUCAUUACCAUGGAUAGCCAGCAAGGAAUGUCUGGCUAACUUGAUUUAAAAUUUGUAGUGUUUUUAUUUAAUUUUGCAUGUUAUUUGGAUAACUAAGUCCUAAUCUAAACCAUACAUUCAUUUUGCUAAAAUUGAUAGGCCAUACCACCCAUGCAUAUUGGUAUCUUCAUGAGUGGUAAUCUUUGUUAAUACGCACCCAAAAUCCUGAGCUCACUUUCAAAACUUGCUUGAAAUUUUGAAGCAGUUUGGUAAAGAUUCUGGAUGACUUUUUGGGCAGUGUAAACAGAAAACUGAUUGGCAUCUUAGUGUGCCAUAGGAAAGCUGCCCUGCAAGGGACUGCCUUGGUAGUUUAGUUCCAGCCUCUUUUCUUCCCUACAGUAUAAAGGAACUGCUGUCUGAGAAUUAUACUAUUUUACCUCGCUGGCUUACUUCACCAAAAUCUCCCUCUCAAGCUCAUUCUGACCGAACUUUUAGGUACCCUUACCAUACCCUCUAGAUGAAUUGCUUUGCAUGCAUGCUAUCUUGUCUGAUCCUAGAAAACUGUUUUGUUGCCCAAGAGUGUAAAUCCAGGGCAGCAUUGAAAACAGUGAUAACAUAGAGAAUUACUCUUGAAUCCGACCAGAUGAUUACAAAAAUCAUCAGGUCUUAAAGAAAGGUCUUUACACACAUAUAGGAUCCAGCAGUAUCUACAAAAAAUCCCUCCCCCUAUCCUGUGUUUUGUUGCGUUACAAAGCAAGGGGUGAGGAUGCCAGUGAGAGACUGGCACAGAAGAGUGGGAUGGUCCCACCCCACUCAGCAGAGUGUGGUGUAGCUGUGUGUGGGAGGGCUAGUAUCACAGUCAGAGCAGCAGGUUUUUCCUUGCCUUGGCUUUCUUUGGCUCUUGUGGCAUGUUUCAAAAUCACUGUUAAGAGCCAGCUCACCUGCGACACCAAAACUGGGCAAUGAGCCUCAGACAUGGUGUAGACUCUGGGACUGUAUGUCCAGAAAGAUAAAUCUGUCUUUCUCCAUGCAUGUCUGUAAGCUCCUAAGGAUAUUCAUAAGGAUCAGUUUGAUUCUUCAGACAAACCGUAAAUAUACAAAAGGUCCACUGACAUCAAGAGUUUCAACGAGAGGUGAAAGAGACUGAAGAACUCCACAUGAUAUGCUAUCCGAAGUAGGACUUGGUGCUGCUAUUUGACUGCCUCUAUGCUAGAAAAUUAAAUGUCAGGGAACUUUGCUGGGUACUGGAAUGAGAUUAUUACAUAUGACAGGGAUAUUUUAUUAAUCGAAUGAUAAACUUUGCCUGUGCUAUCUGCAUGUCUGGUUGACAGGUGCAGAGUGGGAGUUAGCACAGACCAGGGACUAUUCCAAAAGCUGGUUGGAAGCAACCGCCCUGCCAGUAAGGAUGUUUCCUAGCACAUGUGCAGGCUGCUCCACAGCAGCUGGCCACAGUGCUAAUGAAAUGGUUUGGGGAUGUUUUUACUAGAGUUGAAACCUUUAUGUUGAUUGGAAUACUCCACAGAAACUAAAUAUAGGAAACAGUGCAAGUAAUGCCAAACAGGUGUGCCUAUGUCAAAUUACACUCCCUGUCACACAGGCAUAGUCUGUGUGCAGUGAGAUCAAGUUUCACAGCAGUUAUGAAGGCAGCAAGGCAUAGGACAGGUUAGUACUUCAAGUCAAGAAUUCAGUUAUUUAGUGAAUGUACAUACUGGUGUCUAUAAUAGUUUCAUGUACAUAUCUGAGGAUAUGAGCAGUUUGAAAGCCUAAAGCUACAUGCUACCAAUGGUUGAGAAGAUUCCUCAAAAACUGUGCAAGCCUAAACAUGUGAAGCCGUCACCGUAAGUUCAUAGGCUUUUUCUUGAUGCAUAUUAUGGUGUCAUUUUUUUCUGAAUGUGCUGAAGAUUUUGUCUUUUUGUGUAUUCAGUAAAAGCAUGUGUGUGUGUAUGUGUAUGUGUGUGUGUGCAAGCACUGAUUUGGUACCUAAGGGCUUUUUGAGGGCUCCCAAGUGUCAUGAAAGAAAAUGGACAUUUUGGGUUUUUUUAGUAGCUGGUUUUCAGAUGUGUUAGAAAACCCAUGAGUCCACUCAAAUGAGUGCAGGCUAAGAUCUGAAUGGAGCACAGGAACCCCUGUAGUUAAAUUUACAUGCUUACACCAUCAUCAUUCACUUGUAGCCCAUUGUGCAUUAGAGCUGCUCUUUUAAAUGCUGUCCAUGCAACUUGGUGUUCUCUAAGAUGGAACACACAGAUCAAGUUCAUGAGCUUGAAGGCAAAUUGGUUUAAAUAAAUGCCUCCCUUCCUACAUCCCAGAAUAGGUCAUUACGUUGAUUCAAGUGUAAAUUUGACCUGGAGAAUAAAAGGUAGUUCACGGGGAGCAAUUCACAACAGAGGGUCAGAUUUGGAUGGUACCUAUAUAGGGCAAGUACCUUUACACUCAAGAGAUUUUGCUAGUGAAAAUGGAAAAAGCAUGAUUUGAAGUGGUAUGCAGCAGCCAGAAGGGUAUCAUAAUGUGUCAUGGAACAUAUAAAAUAAUAUCAGUCAGCUCACAAUAAUUAAGAAUCCUUUCCUGGGCUCAGCCCUUGCAAGGAAGCAAUUUAGCCUUCAACCAGUCCUCCCACGUUUGUGGUGACAACAGUGAAGGGCAACCCAGAAAGAGGAAGAGUGAUUCCCAGGAGAACAUUAAUUUACCUUGGGGCAGAUUUAGGAUCCAUGUCAUUAACUUUUUAAUAAGAUUUUAAUAGAAGCAGCACAUUAAUGAAUAUAGUAACAUUCCCAGAGUUAUCUAUAGAGAUGGCCCCCAUAUCAGACAGCUGAAUGUAGCUAUUAAAGUGAUUUAAAAAAGUCUAUGAUAGAAACAUGGCAACUUUUUAAAUAUGUAUUCUGAAUGUAUGCAAACAAUUGUGCCUGAUAUUUGGUAAUUGUUACUUCACAAGAUGCUAUUUUAUGUGUGUAUAUAUAUAUAUACAUAUAUACUUUAUAUUUGCAGCUGACAAACCAGUACUACCUGAAUACCUGGUGCUGGAUAUUACAUAAAAUAUAUGCUGUAAUAAAAAGUGGAAUGAAAACUUUUCAAGGCAGCUAAUUAUGCUUUUACCAAAACAUUCAUAGUGAUGCCUCUGGACAGCUAACAAAAUAAUUAUUUUGUAAUGUUUAUACAUGGAUUUUUUUAAAAAAACAAAAACAUCAAAAAACAAAAAAACCCUCUAGAAACAUAGGCAAUGUAAUACCAGCACAAGGCAAACAUAAAUAGACCAGAUGAAUUUGUUUUGCUUGAGUAUAUGGUUGUUACUGAAGUAUUGCAAAAAGCUUGGGAGGUAGAAGAGAAGAUAGGGAGAUGUGUAGCACUUAGUGGUGUCAUAAUAUGUGGUGUUUGAAUAUGUGAAAGCUACUCUGGUUUAUAGCAGUUUCAGCCACGUCUCAAUGUUGCAGACUCUGUCUCAGGUAAAACUCCCAGCUGGGGUAGUAAGAUUUGUACUCUGGUAAAAUAGUUUAAUGAAAGUUUCUUGGUGUGUGUUGUGAUGAAUUUACUAUUAUGUUUCAGUGACAUCACUUGAUGAUUUUUCUCCUUCUCUCUACACUGAGGGGUUUAAAAAUGUAAUUAAGGAAAUAAUCUGAACUGAGCUCCCAAGGAUGUUGCAAGGACUCUCAGCAGAUCACUGUACCUUGAGUUGUUAAAAAAGCAAACAAAAAACCCCAAAACAUCCCCUUCAUACGAGCCAGGAUUUGUACUGGAGCCUCCAUCCAUUUCAGUUGAUGCCAACUGAUUCCUUAAGAGCUGUGCCAAAUGUUUAAAAAUAAGCAAACUACCAAAAAAGUAAAAAUUCUGCCUCAGUAGGUCUUUAGUCUUAUUACAGACUU